AUGAGGGCGAGGCAGGCCCACGGAAAAAUCACACCCCCAGAGGGUGCAGAGCUUGCUUCGAUAAAGCUUAAUGACAAAGACGAAACAGAGGUUGCAGUCUUCAUGUCUGACAAUCUCAAGAAGAGCCGAGUUGAGCACGCGUUUAUCAUCGUCCAUGGAAAGCUUCGAGAUGGAGACUAUUAUUGGGACACGAUGAACAAGGCCGUGAAACGCGCGAAGGAAGCGAACUACCCUGGAUCGAAUCGAGAAAGUGUUGUUAUCGCCCCUCAAUUAUUCUCAACUGUCUUCAACUCGGGCCAAUACACGUCACGCCAACUUGCUUGGGGAGACCUAAACGCGUGGCAGGCCGGGAGUGUUGCAACACAUCCCUCGGGGACAAACUUUUCGUCCAUGGAUGCUUUAGAUGCAUUGCUCAACGAUGUCUCAAACAGAAAAAAGUACCCCAACAUGAAAAAUGUCACCUUCGUUGGCCAUGGUGGUGGCGGACAGCUUGUACAACGAUACGCGGCCGUUGGCAAGGAUCCCAGAGCUCAUAUCUCGGUUCGCUACAUUCACGGAGAUGCUUCAUCCUGCGCAUACUUUACAACCGAUCGGCCAAUUAUGGAAGACGAAAGCACUGCGCCAGGUGCCUGCGAGUUCUAUAACACUUGGCGCUACGGAUUCGAUCAGUUCCCCGGGACAAUCGAUGGUCGAAAAUCACCCAAGGAAUACUUCAGUCAGUACAUCACACGAGACGUUAUAUCACUCGUCGGAUACCGCGAUGUGAAGAGCAAUGGCGACACAUCCUGCAUGGCAAGAGCUCAGGGCGGAACCAAGAGGCGAGACCGUAGCCUUGUUUGGUACAGGUACAUCAACACACUUGCCCGGACAAGUGAGAACUUGGAUGGAUUUCCUGGAAGGUUUGGCAAUCUUACAGAUUGGAGUUCGGUCUCAAAUGGAUCUGUCAGUCUGCGAUUGAGUGUGGUUAAAGAUGCUACCCAUGAUGUAGCCGAGGUUCUGCAAAGCAAGAAUGGUCUAUCAGCGCUGUUCAGUGAUAAGGAGGUAUAUACUGGCUGGAGACCAAAGGCUUUGGACUAA